AAAGAAAAAAAAAAAAGCAAAAGAAAAAACAAAAGAAAGAAAUAAAGAAAGAAAGAUAGAUAACAAUCCCACAAACACACUUUAGUUCCAGAGAGAAGAGAGAGAAGGAGAGAGAAGGAGAGAGGGAGAGAGAAAGAGAGAGAGCAAAAGGGAAAGUUUGGCGAAAAGGAUAGCAGAGAAAGAAUGGAAAUUUUUAAAAAAAUAAAAAAUGGGGUUUGAUUUUUAAUGGGUUCUUGUUGUUCUUCUUCUCUUUUGGGGUACCGGGUAAGAUGAGAUCGAACUUUUGAGACUCUGAUUCAGCUGGGUUUGUGUCUCUUUUUUAUUUGGGUGUUUUUUUUUUUUUAAUAAAUUGGGUAGGUAAAAAAAAGUUGAGAUUUUGAGGUGCUUGAGAUUCGUUGGAAAGUAGGAUUAUUGGUAUUUUGGAUUUGGUAGUGGAGAGGUUGGGGUCUGGGAAUUCUCUGUGAUGGUUUGUUUGGGAGUGAAGUACCAUUUGGAUCUAAGAUUUUUGGUCACUUAGAGAGAGAGAGAGAGAAAAAAUGGAGAGAAUAUUUGGGUCUUCAUUUUGCCUUUGGUUGAUUUUGGUGGCACAUCCUUUAUGGAUGAUGGUGAGGAUGGUAUCUGCUAACAUGGAAGGUGAUGCCUUGCACAGCUUGAGGACCAAUUUACUGGACCCCAAUAACGUUCUACAGAGUUGGGACCCGACUCUUGUAAACCCUUGUACGUGGUUCCAUGUUACAUGCAACAAUGAUAACAGUGUCAUAAGAGUUGAUCUAGGAAAUGCUGCCUUAUCGGGUCAACUUGUCCCGCAGCUUGGCCUGCUCAAGAAUUUACAAUAUCUGGAACUUUACAGUAAUAACAUUAGUGGAACAAUUCCAAGUGACUUGGGGAAUUUGACCAGCUUGGUGAGCUUGGAUCUUUACUUAAAUAGUUUCACUGGUCCUAUCCCAGACACUUUGGGCAAGUUAUCAAAACUAAGAUUUCUCCGGCUUAAUAACAACAGCUUGUCGGGUCAAAUUCCUAUGCCAUUGACCAACAUCUCCUCACUGCAAGUAUUGGAUCUGUCAAAUAACCGUCUCUCUGGAGCAGUUCCAGACAAUGGCUCUUUUUCUUUAUUUACUCCUAUCAGUUUUGCUAACAAUGCGGGUCUUUGUGGCCCAGUUACUGGGCGCCCCUGCCCAGGGUCACCCCCAUUUUCUCCUCCUCCACCUUUUGUCCCACCACCCCCAAUAUCAACGCCAGGAGGGAAUAGUGCGACUGGAGCUAUUGCUGGUGGAGUUGCUGCUGGUGCUGCUUUACUAUUUGCUGCACCUGCUAUUGCAUUUGCAUGGUGGCGUCGAAGGAAACCGCAAGAAUUCUUCUUUGACGUACCUGCCGAGGAGGAUCCUGAAGUCCAUCUGGGGCAGCUCAAAAGGUUUUCACUGCGAGAAUUACAAGUUGCAACAGAUAGUUUUAGCAACAAAAACAUUCUGGGUCGUGGUGGGUUUGGUAAGGUCUACAAAGGUCGCCUUGCGGAUGGCUCUUUGGUUGCUGUAAAAAGAUUGAAAGAGGAGCGUACGCCCGGCGGAGAGUUGCAGUUUCAAACAGAAGUAGAGAUGAUCAGCAUGGCUGUGCAUCGUAAUCUUCUUCGACUGCGCGGGUUUUGCAUGACACCUACUGAACGAUUACUUGUUUAUCCCUACAUGGCUAAUGGAAGUGUUGCCUCAUGCUUAAGAGAACGGCCAGCAAACCAUCCACCUCUUGAUUGGCCUACUCGGAAGCGAAUAGCAUUGGGAUCUGCAAGGGGUCUUUCUUAUUUGCAUGACCACUGUGACCCAAAAAUUAUUCACCGUGACGUGAAGGCGGCAAAUAUUUUGUUGGAUGAGGAGUUUGAGGCGGUUGUUGGAGAUUUUGGGUUGGCUAAACUUAUGGACUACAAGGACACUCAUGUUACAACUGCGGUACGAGGUACGAUUGGGCAUAUUGCUCCAGAGUACCUCUCUACUGGGAAGUCAUCUGAGAAAACUGAUGUUUUUGGCUAUGGGAUCAUGCUUUUGGAGCUUAUCACUGGGCAGAGGGCUUUCGAUCUUGCUCGGCUUGCAAAUGAUGAUGAUGUCAUGUUGCUCGACUGGGUGAAAGGGCUGCUGAAAGAGAAGAAAUUGGAGAUGCUGGUUGAUCCUGAUCUUCAGAAAAACUACGUAGAAGCUGAGGUGGAGCAGCUAAUUCAGGUCGCGCUGCUCUGCACCCAAGGGUCUCCCAUGGACCGACCAAAGAUGUCGGAAGUGGUGAGAAUGCUUGAAGGCGAUGGCUUGGCCGAGAGAUGGGAUGAAUGGCAAAAGGUGGAAGUACUGCGCCAAGAAGUGGAACUUGCUCCUCAUCCAAACUCUGAUUGGAUCGUCGACUCAACGGAGAACUUACAUGCAGUUGAGUUAUCAGGUCCAAGGUGACCCUGGCUGGCAUGGCAUAGUAGAAGUGGAGAAAAAGGGAAUUACUUACAACUUAUUUUUUAAUCAUAAAGUUCUUUUUUCUUUCUCUUUUUUUUUUUUUCUUCUUUUUGUCUUUUUUAAUGACCAUAAUCUGAUUAAUGUCUCUUGUAAGUCCAUUCUGCAUUGUAUUCGUUACAUUUGUGCAUAUGAGUCAGCAUUGGUAAGGUGCAAUUUGUAUUGUCUGCUGCAGUUUGACAAAGCUCUGAUGAAGAUGUUGUUCUUAUCUUUAUAUAUAAAAAGCUGUGGCAGUUGAAUCUUUUGUGCACUGCA